AUUAUCAGUCCGACGUGUUAAGUGCCGGCCGCACAGGUAGCUACAGCGAGACAGAUGUGAGUGAGGGUCAGCGAUGGACAGCAGCCGGUCGUUCGGGCAAGGUCUGUCACCAUGCUGGGGAACGUUUCGGUGUGUCGCCGUAUUGAAAACGUCACCCUGUACACCCGGAGUGUAUUACAACUGAGCCAGUGCUCGAUUUGGUUGGUGCUUGCAUGAUGCAUCCUGUCUGUCUGGAGCACGUGCCAUUCCGCGGGAAAACUAUGUGUGUUUAAAGAUUCAAGGUAGAGCAGGAGGAGGUUCCAGUUAUGGAGAUACGUGAAAGACAGAGACACUACAGAUUUGGCGGGGAUAUCCGGAGGGUGGGGGUGAAAGAUUCGAUAGCACUAGCCCCCGGGAAACAGGCAUGAAAUAGGGUUUUAUUGUUGGCGAAGCUUUCAUAUUCGUCUGAUUCCCGUGUUUUUUAAUGUCGUUUUGAUGAAAUUAAAAUCGUGGAUACUUCUGCAUAUCCGGGUCUUGGUGCGUCAGGGAAAUUGUCAGCGAGGUGUCGCUUUGGAAUGUAUCAGUGUUAAUGCCAGUACCUCUAGCAACCCUGUUUGUGAACCAACCUUCAACCACCUGUCUCGCCGAUCUAAAGUCGUGAAUCAACAAUUGCAGAUUGUGUGGCACUAGCUUCUUUCGAAGCGUUUUUUUAGAAAGACGGAAGUGGUCGGUUGUGCUGCAAGUUUUCCCUGUGGCUCGUUUGAUCUCCGGAAGGGCCCCUGAGACACGGGGAGCUGCUGUAAGAUGGAGGGCGGCUUGAGUGGUAGACAUGACAUUGCACAUACAGCGGCAGCUCCACAUGUUCACCUGUUUUAGGAUGUGCAAAGAAAGUUUUUCUGAUGAUCCAAUCGAGCCGUUAUAUAAUUUUUACUGCUCUGUGAAUGGGGAGUGUGUAGUCGACGCGUUUAUCCGCGGAUCCCGGUUGUUCUCAGUGAAUAAUUGGGGCGAGCACAGACGACUUCUGCGUUUGAAUGUACUCGCAACGACCAGCUUGUUCGUUUAUGAAGGCGACCGUUUAGUUUCAUUCUGAAGUAUGUGCUCCUUGACGUGUGUCGUACACGAUCUGCAGCGUUUUUCUGUGUGAGCAGAACCGCAUUUUGUUUCAUACGAUUCACUGGACAGCUUGGCAAUACCAUGCUUCGAUGAUACAGUGGACCAAAUUACGCCCACAGGUUAACCGUUUCAGAAUUGUCCAACAUACCUCAGGGAUUAUAGCCGCUACGUUGGGCAGCGACGUUUGUGGUAUGGAUUUGUUCUGGGUGUCUAGAUCGGCUGCUCGUGUAACCUGCCAUGGUGUGUACAGGGGUGUGAUUCACCUCGACUCUGUUGUUGCCUCACUCAUGCCAGCCGCCGAACAGCUACCCCUACGGGUUUUGUCCGCACCGCCACCGCUGCUUGAAAUACAUACCGUUUCAACAGGUUUUUUGUCUUGUCGCUAAAGGCCGGAGUUUUUGCGUUUGACCCCACUGCUGAUGUGUGCUCUUCCAGGAGCUAAAUCGGGUGGAAUGACGGCUCCCGGUUAUGGUGACAGCGCACAUGCACCCUCAUACCGUAUUCUCGAGUAAAAUCGAAUACAAACAACCGCCUUUUUUCCGUAUUGCUUAUUUUUCAAAUUGAUACGGUAGAGGACGAAUAACCGCCCUAAUUUCCGAGUGUAGGUAAUAGGUAUCCGAAGUCUCCGAUUAAGUGAUAUAUACAGGCUGUCAUGAUUCGUUCCGAAGGGGACCUCACCGUCGAGCUGAUGAGGAGAACGGAAACCCGCAUUGCGAUGUGGUAGUUAUUUGCUGACGAAUCGCUGUGGCCUUAUGUUUCAAGACAGAGGCCGGCGCAUGCUGCUGAUGCAGGUUCUGUUCGAAGCCCUGACCUCUGGUCUGCAGGCGGGCGUGUGUUUACAGUCCGUCAGCACCACGCAGGAAAGGCCGCCGCGCAACUAAUUGUAGCUUCUUCUCUCCCUGGCGAUCGAGUCUGAGCAUUACGUGUCAGAGUCAGGUGUUCCAGCCGUUUCCGCUUGUGUGUUCUCUUUAACGUAUUGUAUUUUGUAGGUCGUGAGGGGUGGAAAACGUUUUUUGAGUAAGCACCGCAACAUCCAGUUGUCUCCAUGUCUCUAUUGCGGGGAGGAGGGGCAGUGCAUAUGACUGCCAGCGCCUGGCACCUUGGAGGGUCAACCAGACCGGUGACGCCCGGUUUUUUGUCUGAAUUGCCAGAAUCUGGCCAUGAGCAACAGGCGGCAUGCGUGUCCUCAUGUGUGGCACCUACGGCCACUGAUGCGAAUUGGUUUUCAGUGCCUGAUGAGGUUGAUCACGCUGAAGGUUUGCGAAUGAUAGGGUCGCAAGUGCAGCAGAAGAACACGAGCCUUGGUCGGCCGCGGGCUGACAAGCCUUGUUGCGGCCGCGAGUGCCACGCACCAGACCGAAGCCUGUGCAUGCCAGAUGCUUCUACUGGGCAACCUGUGCUGUCGUGCGGUUCUGUGUCUUUCGAGGCGCCAAUCUCAUCGGUGUCAACUCUCACGAGCACAGCGACGCUACCCCCGUCACCGGUGAGAGCUCAACGGGGGAUAUGCUGGGGCUCAGCUGGCAGCCAAAUCGAAUCUACAGACGUCUCCACAUCUGGCACUUCCAUGCAACUAUUGGCAGGGGGCGUAGCGUCCUUUUCAGGCACACUGGAACCUCAGGAAUCGCUUUUUGUUUCGGAGCCGCCUCCCAGUUCCCCGCCGCUUCUGCGUUGGGCCCCUGAAUGCAGCCGGCAAACGUUUUCAGGCGCGCGCAACCCCAGCGAAAGCCGACGUCUCUCUUUCGACCAGAAUGAGGUUUAUCAGGUGCGCCAGAUACAAGAGCACACAUCAGGGACCCUCUGGCGCCCGAGACCUAGUCAACCGGCUCGACAGCAGUUGUUCAACAAUGUGUCGACAGGCGCAGCUAUUGGAGCGCAUACCAGUGUUCUUAAGCUUGAUGCUGCCACCAGCACGAAAUCUGUGCUUCAGCCGUCUGGUUCAAACUGGCAAGCCUCCAAUUUGACCUACACGGACACUGAAUCAACAACAAAGAGGUGGGAACGGAGUCUUGGUGGAGCCGAGGGCGUUCCAUCCGCUUGUGAGUGGGACCACAUGCCAUUAGGGGGGAUGCCACAGUCGCAGAUUAACUCGGCUUCGUUGCCCAUUGCCCACGAAGAACAAGAUGCUUGGAUGGGGGCCGCGGGUGCCACACACAGGCCAACCAUGAUAUUCGACGUCGUUAGCGACUCCCGUGACGGAAAUGCGUGUGAUGAGUCUGGUGCGUUCGGUGGGGGCGCUGUUUUUCCUUCGGCGCCGAACGUGCCUCCGCCUGCUGUGUGUCCCAGAGCUCCUGAGAGUGGGGACGUGUUGCCAACUGCAGUUGCGCCUGUUAGCAAAUUCUCACCAGGCAGUGGUUGUUCGCAGGCAGCAGCCAGGAGACAAGUGACUGACUCUUUCGAAAUAAUGGACGCGUGCCCAAACACGACUACAGCUGUCACUGCAGAUGCUGAGACGUUCAACAUAGAAGACACAGCCAAGAUGCAGGCUUGCUCGAGCUACGAGGUUGAAGCGGGACUGGAGAGUUGGUCACUGUGUACUGUUGGUACACCGGCUGGACGAUGUGAAAGCACAACUGGAACCGUACCGACCACAACGGGGUUUUCAGACGGUGACGAUAGGCAUCACCACAUAGUUGAACCUGGUAUCUUGCUAGCACCAUCGUUAGACGGUGUGGCAUCGUCCUCGGUACGCCGCGUGGCAUCAGUGACCUGCAUACCAUCUGCUAAUGGAGAUGCAUUCAAUACGGAAGAUUCCCAAUUUGUGGAUUUCCGUGCGGGUCUCACACAUGAAAUGCCUCCUGAAAAGCGCACCCAGUGCCAUUGGAGCGGUGUGUGCUCUGCGACUGCUUGUGUCCAAGAUGGCAAUUGUGCCCUCAGCAAUACAGACAGGAGUGUGGUUGAAAGUGAUGCCGUUACAGAAGCUGGGGAACCAGUCGCUUAUGAAGAGACCAAGCGAAAUGUGGGUGAAACAUGCGGGAGCUCCUUCCUAGCGGAUGGUGAGAGUGCAGCAGAGGGCUACAGUGGAUCCACAUGGAGUGAUCCUUUGACGGGCGAGAGAGGACGCGUGUCAGCGCGACAUCAACGGCCAAUGUCGAGUUCUUCAAAUGAAGAUGCAAUUGAAACCAACUUGUUCCCACUGCUGGACCACACGAUCUGGAACGCGUUGGAGGAGCACGUAGCAGGUACAGCAUGCAGUCGACCUGGUCGCCUCUCUUACAAUAAUUGCGCAGCACCUUCGCUAUUUGAUGUAGGAGCUCAAGGGGGGAAAGGUCAAGUGGUAGCAGGAGGGACGAUGAUGCUACAAGGCUCAGAGCGAAGGAACUCAUCAUUGGCGUCGGAGGGACUCAUUCGAGGCAAUGGACCGUGUAUAAUUCAAAAAACGGAUGGAUCGUUUCUAAGAACGAAAGGUAUCGCUCCCCAAGACCCCAAAAAACGAGUCCUUCGGAGAGUGAUGUUUAGCAAAACGAAAAUCUGUCCCUGGUUCGAACAGGGCAAGUGCUUGAGAGGCGACCUCUGCAACUACGCACAUUGCCGAGCCGAGCUGCGGGUACUGCCGGUCGUGAAGAAGUUAUGCCUUUCAUAUCUGAAAGUGGGGCGGUGCCGGAAUCCGCACUGCAGUUUCGCUCACUCGACUGAAGAAGUCGAAGACAGCAAGAAGACAAAACAAGAGGCUCAGUGGCAGUGGCGACACUUCGAUGUUGCCGCUGGGCUGUGGGAAUCGGAUUGUGCGCAAAAGGCGGUCGCGUCUGAUGAGAGAAGCAGCAGCCGUCUGGUGGCGUCAUCCUUGCUCAUGACCGCUCGCCUUGGAAGAGAGGCAGCUGACCGCACAACAUUACAAACAGGGCAGAUGAUUGAUGCAUCCACGUCAGCUAGGAUGUCGAAGUCCCUCAGCGCCUCACCGGCUAGCGAAGGAACUGCAGGAAUCUCUCUACAAUCGUUGAUGGACACACGAUGCGUCGAGGCCAGUUUAUGCGAAAUUUUUGGGUCUCGCUCGGAUUUGGAGUACAUCAACGGUCCAAAAUGUUGCAGGCCACUUAACGGAGGAAGGCCUGAGGAGAGGUCGGUUGCCCCGAGGGUUUUGGCGGAGGCGUCCGGCAAAUUAAGCAGCUGCUUCUCCACAAAUGAGAAUUGUGAGAAUGGCAGAAGCCAUAGCAGCUGGCCCUCUGGACUGUGCCAAGCAGCAGGCCCUGGGAUACGAGUGCAGGAAUGUGGUACAGAAGACAGCGAAUCGUUUAUGCUCAACGACGCUUUGGUAGCGUCUGAGUUCCAGCAGCUCACGCUGAUAAAUGUCCAAAAGGGCACCCGACUAAACGGUCACACACAUGGUGUGGACGGGCACACGACUGCGUGGAUACACGAUGGAACACAGAGUCUGCGACAGGAUAACCAGGAUGGGCGCAAUACCGAAAGCAUGACGGACCUCCCGAAUCCUGGGUCACUUCAACCGUUCGCAUCGCAUUCCGAGAAUGAAGCACGAGGCAGCGGGCGGGGACUGCAACGUCGCAGUACGACUGAACGUCUCAUAGGUGACACACCUCUAGGACUUCAGUCAGACGUUGUACUGGCCGUGUUUCGUCAACAGUUGAAAGACAUGAUAAGCAAGUUUUACGGAGACGUCGGAGGCCCUCCUCCCGACGUCACAGCUAAACCGAUUGCAGAUGCACCCUCAGAGGAUAAAGGGGAGAGCCAUCGGCAGCAGACGAAACGCCAGUAACGACGCACAGACCGAGUUUAAAUCGUCGAUGAAACGAAUGUGGCUAGAGCCCAAGACUGAGGCUUACAGCGGCCGUAGAAUUUGAUAAAGCGAAGAACUGAGUUUGGCGAGCGUGUCACGAACCGGGAAGUCCUUUGUCCCGUAAUCCUGUAUAUUGUGCUUCUUGUGUACCGCAAAUGUGGGCACGUGCAUAAUGGGAAACGGUGCAAAGCGCUAAAUGAAUAUCAGGAGCAACGUGAUGCAAGACCGUUCUGCUGCUCUGCACGGCUACGAGUUUAUUGCGACUGCGCAUCCGCAGACUGCACGGUGAGGCUGCAGCCUACGAACGGUGGAAGAGGCAGCUAGGGAGACGACAGCCCGUUUUGUAGUGGCAUGCUGCUGAUGCACCACAUUUGAUUUCUAACGCGAAACCGUUUAGGACGCGGAGUGGUCGCGUGCCUGAGGCCGAUACUGGAGAACCAGAAGCCGUCAUUUUCCACUGCGUUUCUGGCUAGGUGUAGUCGUGCUCUCAAGCGACUUCGUAGUUGGUUUCUGUGGUGACAUUACCAGAGAUACUAGCACCGUCUCAUGGUGCCUGCGAAGUCGCCGCUGUGGAACUCAUGUAAAACUCGACGUUUGGUAUGUGCACAAUUGCAGGAACUAAAUCGUGUUGGUUCACAACGUUAUGCCGCCCCAGAGGGUAUGACAGAACUGCGAGUGUUGCUGUGUGGUGUGUGAAUCGUACUAGACGUGAGGAGAGCGUGCAUCCGUGUGCGAAGAAUAACUGGACACAGGAGGGACGCAAGGAUGACUAUCUUCAGGAGUGCCAAACUGUGGGGGGCGGAAUGACGGUGGAUGAGUGGGAGCUUGGAUUAGUCGUUGUGAGCAGUGGGUGGGAAACGAAUGGUGACGGCGGUGGUCGGUAACAUUCAUAGCCGUCUCGUUAAGCCUAAUAGGCGGUCCUUUUCCCACCUAGGUUAUAUUGAAAGAAGUAAUCGACGCGCACCCAAUGGGGUGGAAGGGGUGAUUGUCCACGGCUGACACUAUCAUUCAGUGGUUACUUGAACUCGAGGCAAGAGUGUGGCGUUAGAGAUGAAAAUGACAGUAAUACAACCAGGAGGUCGCGAAUGCUGCUUUCAGUGUGUUGCGGAAAAACGCCACUGCAUUGACUGUAAGGCGUGAUGCAUUGGGUACAUGUAAGAGAAUACCUAUGUAUAUUAUUAUCUUAUGCAGAGGAGGCCCUUGUUCCGUCUGCUUGUUGUCUGAAGGAAGGUAUCAAUUCGAAGGAGUGUUACCCAUAAAGCGAUAUAUGUUUUUCACAUGUUCGUCCGAAUCUGCGGAAGCUUGUUUCAAGAAAACAACGUCACAAACCGCCCACUGAAGAGCGGUAUUGUGCUACUUCUGACGAUAGAGGAAAUGGCUCUUAGUUUUUUAUGGAAAACAAAGGUCGGGCAUGGUUGAAGGUACCAAUAGGUCGUUACCUGCAUUCUCACAAGCUUUUGAGCGAGUCAAUGCACUUGUUCCCGAGAAACCUCGGCUACAUAGCACUUUCGAUCUCUGUGCUAUAUGUGGCGAUGUGCCCUUACACGUGCCUGUCGCGGGGGCAUCUCAGCUGUUUCCGUUGUUUCUUGCCUAUAUGACCGGAUUGUUCACUGCCUUCAGGCGAGUUUUUCGUUGUUUGGGGGAAAACGGUUGCAACACGUCACUCUGUCGGGUACCACAGAAACUUGCGUUGUUGUGUCAAAUAUCAGAUCGUGAGAAGCAGAUUUUCCUAUGUUGCACUGUCAUCGCUCAAUGAAUGUUGACAUGGCUACAAAUGACGAAACAGUCACCUCAAUAAAUCCGACAGGCCCACGUGCUAUCUGAAAUUCUUCAGGCGCUUUGAUUUCUUUUUCGGUCGUGGAUCACCUGAAGAGGCAUUGAGGAAAUUACUAGUUUAUGCGUACCGUCAUUCUGGGAAAGUACAUGAUGCCCAUGCCUACGCCGCCCGUAAUUAUUCUACAACCUCUUACGGAAUAACGCGGUGCUACGCACGUGCAUCUUGAGUGAGCGGACUGCUGUUGUAUACCGAAAUACAACGUUUUAUGACUUUUCCAGUUUCUGGUGUCGUAGACACUCAGAUGCCAAUGCAAAACUCACUUUGUGCCACUUUUUGUGUUGACAUGCACGUACCUGUUAGAAGAGUCCGGGUUGCAACUCAUGUGUUUUUCAUUCCUCUGGAGUCCAGACUGUUGAUCUCGGGAAUAUUUGUUGAUCUAUCGUCUAUCGUUCCCGGGGGAAACAUGGUCCCUUGCGAACGGUACGUAGGCUAUGAUGCUUUUUGAAUACAAACAUGGUACGAGGUCGGUCGUUUGGGUUAGUCGUGCUGUUUUUUGUAGUGGUUUUCGUUCUGUCGUAACAGCGGUUCGAAAAACGCGGCUUCUCCGAUACUGGAACAAGACACAGAACGGCGUGCGGUGAGGUGGCUUGGUUCCUGUGCUUGAGCUUCGGCAGGAGGAAUGUGAUUUUGGCUAGGGACUGACAGCGUACAGAGAGGCAUGUGAUACCUUCUUCAAAGAAAGAACACACGUUGCUGCACUUGAUUUUCAUACCUUUCUGCUCAGACAAGGUACCGUAGCCCUUUCCUAAGUUACCCAUAAUCAACAGACCCGAGUGAUGUGGAUUAAGAGAGUGUCUAUUUCUCGUUAGUACUAUUGGUAUUGACGCGUGCGGCUAGGUGUAUGUAUAUACCUUAUGGUGCCGUUGUUGAUUGUUCAUCCCACAACAACAAAUGUGGAGACCUACGUUAGCGUCCAGUGAAGCGAUGGUUGUUAUUUUGGUAAGACCCCAAACACCAAAUUCGGAGCAAAUUGCUAAGUUCGGGGACCUGCCUUGGUAGCCGCGAGAGUGUAUGGCGAACAGGAUUAUCGUCCGUCGAGCGAAGUGUGUCCCUGAAAUACUUUACCGACGGCAGUGACGCUCGCAGCCCGAACAAGGAACACCGUAUCCCUUAAACAUCGCCUCGUGAAUCUAAUCAUGCCUCACUGGCGAGCAACUUGCGGCAGUUUUGCUCCCCCCACCUUACUGCAGUUUAAUUUUCAAAACUUUGCGCUGUAUGGUUACAACGAGUGACUGUCGGUACAAGUCUGCCG